AUGGCGUCGAACUCGAUCAAGCUCUUGACUGGGAACAGUCACCCGGAGCUGGCGCAUGCCGUCGCCAAAAGACUGGGUAUCGAGCUAGUCAAGAUUAUGGUGUUGCAAUACUCAAACCAAGAGACCAGUGUCACGAUCGGCGAGUCGGUCAGAGACGAAGAUGUCUUCAUCCUUCAAUCGACCCGACCAAACGACAUCAACGACGGCCUGAUGGAACUGCUCAUCAUCUGCAACGCCUGCAAGACCGCCUCCGCCCGCCGUGUCACCGCCAUCCUACCGAACUUCCCCUAUGCUAGACAAGAUAAAAAGGACAAGUCGCGAGCUCCCAUCACGGCAAAACUCAUGGCAAACAUGCUUCAGACGGCGGGCUGCAACCAUGUCAUUACCAUGGACUUGCACGCUUCGCAGAUUCAAGGCUUCUUCAACGUGCCCGUGGACAAUCUCUACGCAGAGCCUAACAGUGUCAAAUGGAUUCGGGAAAACCUCAUGCAUGCGAGCGAGACCGGCUUGGAGGUGAACGGACCAAGGCAGGAGUGUGUCAUUGUGAGCCCGGAUGCUGGGGGAGCCAAGCGAGCCACAUCCAUGGCCGACAAACUCGAUUUGCCAUUUGCUUUGAUACACAAAGAACGAUCCCGCCCUAACGAAGUCUCGCGGAUGACGCUGGUGGGCACGGUGCAAGAUAAAGUGGCCAUUGUGGUGGACGAUAUGGCAGAUACCUGUGGCACACUCGCAAAAGCCGCCGAUACGCUGAUCAAACACGGGGCGAAGGAUGUGGUUGCGCUUGUCACUCAUGGUAUCUUGUCAGGGAAAGCCGUCGAGACUCUGCGAAACUCGUCGCUGAGCCGCUUGGUCAUGACCAAUACGGUCCCGGUCAGCGAGGACAAGCUCGAAGCUCUCAAGGUUCCUGAAGGCCAGAAGGGAUGCAGGCUCGAGUUUAUUGACAUUGCUCCCGUCCUGGCGGAGGCCAUCAGACGGACGCAUAAUGGCGAAAGCGUGAGUUAUUUGUUCAACAAUCCGGUGUCAUAG